AUGCAUACGUCACAGGACGCACCAGAGCUCAAUGGAUCCACCGAGUAUGGAAAAAAUCUGGUGAAAGGUCUGAAGAAAGAGGAGCAGGUGGAACAGGCUUCGGUUCAGAAACUUUCCAAGGAGCACGAUCUGGUCUUGAAGACAUUUAGACUGUUGAUUGCGGAUUUGUGUCAGCAAUUCAAUGGCGGGCAUCCUGGAGGAGCCAUUGGUAUGGCAGCCAUUGGUGUGGCGUUAUGGAAGUAUGUUAUGCGAUAUGCACCGCACACACCCACCUACUUCAACCGCGAUCGAUUCGUCUUAUCAAAUGGCUACAAAGCCAUGACUUUCGACCAACUAAAGUCCUAUCAUUCCGAUAAGGUCGACACCCUAUGUCCAGGUCAUCCUGAGAUGGAACAUGAAGGCAUCGAGGUGACUACCGGACCACUGGGACAAGGUGUAGCCAAUGCCGUCGGUCUGGCGAUGGCAACCAAGAACCUCCAAGCCACCUACAACAAGCCAGGUUUCGACGUCGUCUCCAACCACACAUGGUGUAUGGUUGGAGAUGCUUGCCUACAAGAGGGUGUAGCCUUGGAAGCGAUUUCUUUCGCCGGUCACUUGAAACUGAACAAUCUUACCAUCAUCUACGACAACAAUCAGGUUACUUGCGAUGGCUCUGUCGACUUGACAAACACCGAGGAUGUCAACGCUAAGAUGAAGGCUUGUGGGUGGAAUGUCAUCGAUAUCGAGGACGGCUGCUUUGAUGUCGAAGGUCUUGUUGAAGCCCUGAACAAGGCGCGUUCAGCGAGUGACAAGCCCACUUUCAUCAACGUCAAAACGGUCAUCGGCCUCGGUAGCGCCGUCGCAGGAGAUGCAGUCGCCCACGGACAAGCUUUUGGUGCGACCGAUGUUGCCAACAUGAAGAAGGCGUAUGGGUUUGAUCCUGAAGAGCACUUUGUGGUGAGCAAAGAAGUCCGCAAGUUCUUUGUUGAUUUACCCGAAAGAGGCCAAAAACUUGUGGAAGAAUGGGAGAAGAUGAUUCAGAUAUAUGAAACCAAGUAUCCCGAGGACGGCGCUGACUUCAGGCGGAGAAUACAAGGCCAGUUGCCGGAGAACUGGAAAGACUUAGUGCCAAGCUCUUUCCUGGACACACCCACGGCGACGAGGAAGUCAUCAGGCCUCGUCAUCAAUCCAAUCGCAGAGAAAAUCAACAAUUUCAUGGUCGGUACCGCUGAUCUUACUCCAUCGGUCCACAUGAGUUGGAACGGUAAAAUCGAUUUCCAACACCCAGAUCUCAAAACGACUUGUGGGAUAAACGGAAACUACACCGGCAGGUACAUUCACUUCGGAGUGAGGGAGCAUAGCAUGGCGGCUAUAAGCAACGGCCUAGCUGCUUUUGCCCCCAACACCUUCAUACCGAUCACCUCAAGCUUCAUGAUGUUCUACUUUUACUCCGCACCCGCAGUCCGCAUGGGCGCACUACAGCAACUCCAAGUCAUCCACGCAGCAACACACGACAGCAUCGGAAUGGGCGAAGACGGCCCCACACAUCAACCCAUUGAACUCGCAAACCUCUACCGUGCCAUGCCCAACCUCCUCUACAUCCGCCCGGCCGAUAGCGAAGAAACAGCCGGCGCCUGGAUAACAGCCAUCUCCGCAAAAAAUACACCCAGCAUAAUCUCCACCUCGCGCCAUGCACUACCCCAGCUACCCCAAACCUCGCGCGACAAGGUCGCAAAAGGCGCCUACGUGCUCCUAGAAGCUGAAAACGCAGACAUCACAUUAAUCGGCGUUGGGGCAGAACUGCACCACGCUGUUGAUGUAGUGAAGGAGCUAAAAGCAAGGAACAUUACUGCUCGCGUCGUUAGUUUCCCUUGCCAGCGUCUUUUCGAGGGGCAGGAGAUAAAAUAUAAGCGCGAGACACUAAGAAGGCAUGAGGGUAUUCCUGCUGUGGUCAUUGAACCGUUUGCGCCGAAUGGAUGGGAGAGGUAUGCCGAUGCGGCUUGUUGUAUUAAGCGGUUUGGACAUAGUUUGCCGGGGAAAGCUGCUUAUAAGUAUUUCGGGUUCGAUGUGCCGGCUUUGACGGCGAAGGUGGAGGGGUACUUGAAUCAAGUGAGGGAAGAUCCUCUGUUGAAGGGGGAGUUUGUGGAUUUGUGA